AUGGGCGGUGUGAAGGCCGCCUUGAGGAAGAGAUAUUUGUGAGUUUUUACUAGAAAUUUUUCGAUGGUAAGAGAAAAUUUUGUUCAAAUUGGGGUUUUUGAUAUGAUUUAACUUUUUUUCUGGGUUUCGUAUGGUUCAUCUUGUUUCUGGAAGAAGCAAAAAUAACUUGCCGCUUUUUAAAAAUUAUUCCCAUUUCAACUUGGUGACGAUAACCUUUGAAUAGACCUUAUUUUAAAGGAUUUUAUUAAUUUCUAAUGUUUUACACUGUAAAUUAACAAACGGGUACUGAAGAAACCCAAAAAAUCAGUUUAAGAGAUUAGAUUUCAAUGCGCUGAACUUUUAAAAGGAAUAUAUGGAUUUGUCGAAUUUCUUAUACAAAAUUUGUCCACUCGGGCAAAGCCGGAAAGGUGGAUAAUGGCCACAAAAAAGGAGAGGCUCAAAAAAGGCCACAGAAAGGCAGCAAAAAGAGUCCCUUUACUGGGAAAAUUUUUAGUGGCUAGCCAAGGACUACUUGGAGAAGACACUAAAGUGGCCACUAAACCCACCUCUAUAGUGGCCACUAUUUUCCGUUUUAGUGGCCACUUCAGUAGUUUUUCAUCCAGUAUUCCUUCCAGUAACUCUGAUGAUUUUAAAACAGACAGACUGGACCAGUUAUGUUGAUCCAUUGACCCCUAAAGUGGCCACUUUUUAGUGGUCUAGUAGUAGCACUUGGACCUCUAUAGUGGCCACUAAUUUUUUAUCCCUUAAGUGGUUACUAAUUUGACUACUAUAGUGGCCACUGAGACGUCAAAAACCUAUAGUGGCCGCUAAAAAUUUUCCCAGUAUUGAGCCUUCCAUUUUUUCUGGGAUUUCGGAAUGGUGGAAGAAAGGUAGCAAAAAUGGUGCAUAAAUGGCCCAAAAAGGCAGCAAAAUGGGAGCCUUUUCCACCCUUUCUGACUUUUCCUAUGUGUAAUUGAAUAAAAAUAAAAUUUUACAAGAAUUAAAGGAUAUUUUUUAGGAUGGAUGUGACCCGAGUUGGCCGACACGUUGGAACUGACAAAUUUGGCAACCGUUAUUACGAGGAUAACUCUUAUUUCAUUCCCAGAAACCGUUGGGUCGAGUUCCCCGAUAAGGUCAAUCAUUAUCGAUUUUUUUGAAAAAUGUAUUUUUUUGAAAAAAAGAAUUUCCAGGUUCCUAUAUUUUUUUAUAACUAUAAAAUAUAUAGUUGUCGGGCCUGAGAAACUGUCAGGAGAUUUAAAAAAACGAUUCACAAUCAUUUUUUUGCAGUUUAUAUACUAUUUUUUUCUUGAUAAGAACUUUUUUUAGGUAUUUGUUUUUUGAAUAUCAAUAAAAUGAUCCGUUUAAUUUCUGCCAAAGUUUUGCGCUAGAAAACAUAAAGUUAACUCUUUUUUUGGAUUAAUUUUCAGCUUUUUUUCUUCGUUUCUAAAAAAAUAUUUUUUUCUACUUUUUUUAAAUUUUUUUUCUUCAAGAUUUAUGAAGUGGUUGACUCUGAAAAAAGUUUCCUAGAGCAUUUUUAGCUUAUCUAGCGAUAAAUUGAGUAGAAAUAAGUCGAUAUGACUUUUUUUCGGGCAGUUGCAAUGAAAAAUAAAGACAAUGACAACAUUUUAACUGAGUAUUCUUGUGAUUUCCGACAUUUUUUUCAUCAUUUUCUCGAUUGAAAUGAACUUAAAUUUAUAUUUAAACAUGUAUUAUUCGUAAGAAAUUAUGGAUUUUUUUCAGGUUUGGUUGGACUACGACGCCUCCCAGGUUCCUCCGGAUUGGUGAAAUUUUUAUUCCUUUCAAAUAUUUUUAAAAUGAUUUAUAUCAAUUUUUUUCAGCUGAUAUGACACUAGCUCUAUAGGAAAAAUUAAAAAAAUUUCGGUUUCUCAUAAAUUUUUCUAGAAGAUUUUAUAGAAAAACAACCAAUUUAUCACUGAAAAAAACUUCUAAAACCUUUAAUUUAAAUUGUCACGCUUGCUAAAAAUGAAUUCCCAAGUGGUCCCUGUGAGGGUAGGAGAAAUAUAGAGGCCGAAAAAGUGGUCCUUAUAGGGGAAAGAAUAAUGAAAACUAUCGACUAGCAUGCCCCCUAUAGGGACCACUAACUAAAACCCCAAGAGGGAUCAUUUUUGCAAAAUUUAGCUGCCCCUAUAGGGGCCACUUUGGAGUCCCUAGGUGAAAAUAAUAAAAAUAUGUUGGUUACCUGUUGGGGUCCAUUUUUAAGGUACAAAUUUUUGAAAAAGACGGAUACUUUAUAGUAUAUAUUUGGCACCAUUUUCCAGUUUUUCAGCGUAAAAUUGCAGGCACGGCUGGCUCCACCACAUAACCGACGACCCGCCGACGGUCAAGGAACCUCUGACCCAAAAAUGGGUCCUCGAACAUCGGGAAAACGUCUCAAUCGUCCCGUUAGUACCUUCAAAAAAGAGGGAUUUUGGGAAAAAUAUAUAAUUCAAUGGUUUUGAAGAUUUAGUUAUAGCCCAUUACUUACUUACUUACUUACUUUGAUACUUUGAUGGUUCGUCUUUGCUGAUGAUCUUCCUUCUCACUAGGGGAAUGGUCUUCCCCUAGUCAGCGCGAACCACACGUCCUCCAUGCAUCCCGGUCUCUGGCGACGUUCAUCCAGUGGCGUCCAUGACGGCUGAUGUUCUUCUUGAAGUGGUCUGCCAUCGGGUCGCUGGUCGUCCGCGGGUGCGCCUCGUGUUUCUGGGAAUCCAAGAUGUUACUCUUGUGCUCCAACGGUCGUCUGCUCUUCUGAUGACAUGUCCUGCCCAUCGGUGUUUGCCUGAUAUGCUUUUCGAGGUCUUUGAUUUGGGAUAACUGCCGAGAUCUGUGCUUCUCUGGUUUUGGUUCCAUUGUUGGUAGCGGGUGGUGCCGAGAUGAGCUCUUUCCAGUGCGCGGUAUGCCGUUCUUAGGGCGGAGGAGGUCUCCUUGGUGUCUGGCCAAACUUCGGAUCCGUAGGACAGGGCGGGGAUCACUGAUGCCUCGAAGAUGUGAGCACGGACCUUUGGGUCCUUGAUUUGACUCGUGACUUCCCGGAUGUUGUUGAAGGCUGCCCAACCUGCUCUUCUGCGUCUUCCGAUUUCCGUCGUCAGGUCGUUAAGCAUCUACCUUGGAAGAGAAGUCAACAUAGCCCAUUCCGCGUCAAAUUUUCUCAGUUUUUGUUUUCCUCCGAGCUACGGAAUCUCUUUGGGAAGUUUCCCGUUCACGUUUUUUUUUUCGAAAAAUAAAGUUAGAUAACUCUUAGUAUCACACACUUUCACAGGGAUCGCUUCAAGACCAUCCAAUUUAAAGAUGUACGGUAUCUUGGUCGGAAAAAAGUGACAAGUAGUUGAUCUUUUGGACCAUUUCAUCAGAAUUUUUUCUGAUUGCAGACUGAAAACCAUAAGAAUAAGAAUAAUCGAGUCUUGGGGAUCUUCUACAUAUUUUAAAAUGUCCUCAAGGUGAAUUUUUGGAACAAGCUCUGGAUGAAAUUUCUCUUUGCCCUUACUCUUCCAAGAAAAUCUUUCUAUUAUUUAAAAAUCACAUUUUCCUAUUUUGGAAGUGAAUCCUUCAUCCUGAUCCUGAAAGAAAACUGUUUCUUCAUUUCAUUAUUUUAAGGAAAGUUCAGCAAUUAUUUUCUCAAUCUUCCAGAGGCCAGAACGAAGGCGGCCAGAAGUACAUCCCGUACUCGACGACGCGAACCAAGACCCUCGGAUGGCAACCGGCCGAGAAAAAAGAGCAAAAUUGA